AAAACUUGUUUAUGGAAGGGUAAGGUUACGAACUUAAAGAAUUCCUUAAGCUUAUCUUUUCUAGAUUUCAUAGAAAACGCAUGUCAUGACUUUCACGUUUUCUGUAAAGAAUCUCUGGAUGACUCAUUUAUUGUUUUCCUUCAUAUUCUUUUAAGUGGUGACGUCACGCGUAAACAAACCGAAGGACACAGAGUUAGCGUGAAGCUUGAGCACUCUGGAUUGCUUUACGUGACUGAGCUGAUCGAUAUGGUGGACGCCAAAGAUAUCGAAUACUUUCUCUUGAAGCCUGAGAACUUCGACGAAGUGGCCAAGUUGAUCGAGGAGGACUACUUCCCCAGAGAGCCUCUCUGCAUGGGCUUCCGUGUGACCGCCUCAGCCCGCAGCGGGAUGACGAGCAAGAGACUGCAGGAGUGCCUCGCCUCUGGAGUAUCCUUCGGUGCCAGGGACGUCCGCACAGGCGCUUUGGCCGGUGUUGGCCUGAGCUACAUGAAAACUAAGGCGGAAGCUGUUUCUGCGAAGCCUUUGGAUGAAAGGAAAACUGAAUAUGAAAUCAAAGUGUGUGGAUUAUGUGACGAAAUAAGGUCCAAGGUGAAUAUAUUUGAAGAGUCUAAUGUAGAAAAGAUACUCUACAUGUUCGUGCUGUGUGUUCGAGAAAAUUAUGGUGGCUGCGGUAUUGGAAAGAAAUUGGUUCCGAUGAGCAUCGAUCAGGGAAAAGCCUCGGGGUGCCAGCUAGUGCUUGUAACAGUCAGCAACAAGUUAUCAAGUCGGAUCUUCACUGCGCUUGGUUUUGAGACCAGGUAUUCCGUGGACGUUUCUACGCUGACAAAUGACUGGGAAUUGGAUCUCUCUGCCAUGAAGGGAAACACUGUGAUCCACAUCGUGACAAAGUCCCUCCAAUGAGCUAUGUUUGAAAUGAACGACAGUGUAAGUAUCUUCAACAUCCUGUAGCAUCUACCCUGGCGAAGAGGAGAAUUCGCUGAGAAGAGAGAGGGGGAUUGAACAUUAUAUAAAAUAUAUAAAAUAUAUUAUAUAAACUGGU